ACCACACCGUUGGCGCUCCCGCCCACGACGCAACGGCCAAGCGCGCCACCACCUCGCCGUGCCGGCGACCCUCGCCGCGCGGCAGUCCAAAUGGUCGACGCCUGCUCAUCUGUGCGCGAGCUCCAGCAACACCACUCCAAGCUCAUCCGGCUCGGUCUCAGCACUGACAAUGACGCCGCCGGCCGCCUCCUUCGCUUCCUCGCUCUCUCCCCCUUCGGCGAUCUCCACUACGCUCUCCGCCUCCUUUGCUCUCUCCCUCGCCCUGACCCCUUCGUCUUCAACACUCUCCUUCGCUCCCCUUCACUCUUAUCUCACCACCACCCUCUCUAUCUCUACUCCCAAAUGCUCCUCCUUUCCGUCUCCCCAAACAAAUUCACCUUUCCUCCAUUGAUCAAAUCCCUUUGCGAGAGUUCCUUUCUGGAAUCCGGGAAACAAGUUCAUGCCCACAUCUUCAAGCUCGGAUUUCAUCCGGACACUUACUCACAGAACAAUCUCAUCAAUUUCUACCUCACUUGUGGCCUUGACGAUGAUGCUCGCUUGGUUUUUGAUAAAAUGCUUCAUAGAGAUGUUGUCUCCUGGACUACUAUGGUUAGUGGGUGUUCUCGGCUGGGGCUUGUUGAUGUUGCGCGCGAGUUGUUUGAUGAAAUGCCUGAGAGGAACUCGGUUUCCUGGAAUGCCAUGAUUGCUGGUUAUGUGCAGAGUGGUAGAUUUAAGGAAGCAUUUGAGCUGUUUGAGAGAAUGAGGAAUGAGGGGGUUGCGUUAGACAAGUUCGUGGCGGCCAGUAUGUUGGCGGCGUGUACUGGAUUAGGUGCAUUGGAGCAAGGGAAGUGGAUUCAUGGUUAUAUCGAGAAGAGUGGGAUUGAACUUGACCCGAAGCUUGUGACGACGAUGAUAGAUAUGUAUUGCAAGUGUGGUUGCUUGGAGAAGGCAUUCGAGGUUUUCAAUGGGUUGGAAGAGAAAGGUUUGUCUUCUUGGAAUUGUAUGAUUGGAGGUUUUGCCAUGCAUGGUCGGGGAUUGGACGCAAUUGAGCUUUUUAAGAAGAUGGAGAAGGAAAGGGUGGUGCCUGAUGAUAUCACUCUUGUUAAUGUCCUCAGUGCAUGCGCGCAUGCCGGGUUGGUUCAUGAAGGGAAAUAUUAUUUUGAGUAUAUGCCUCAGGUUUAUGGUAUUGAGCUUAAGGUCGAGCAUUUUGGGUGCUUGGUGGAUUUGCUUGGUAGAGCAGGGAUGUUUGAAGAAGCUGAAAAAAUCAUCGCUGAAAUGCCAAUGGAGGCUGAUGCCGGUGUUUUGGGAGCACUUCUUGGUGCUUGUAAGAUUCAUGGCAAUGUUGAACUUGGAGAUCAAAUCGGGAGACGGGUAAUUGAGCUUGACAGUAACAAUAGCGGGAGAUACGUAUUAUUAGCUAAUCUCUAUGCCAGUGCUGGCAGGUGGGAUGAAGUGGCUCAUAUGCGGAAAUUGAUGAAUGAUCGAGGGGUAAACAAGGAGCCUGGUUGUUCAAUGAUUGAAAUGUGCGGUGUAGUGAGUGAAUUCAUCGCGGGAGGGAUGUCACACCCUCAAGCUAAAGAGAUUUAUGAAAAAGUUGAUGAAAUGUUGCGGCGAAUUAAGUCCGAAGGCUAUGUGGCAGACACUGCUGGUGUGUUGCAUGACGUCGAUGAGGAAGAAAAGGAAAAUCCAUUGUACUAUCAUAGUGAGAAAUUAGCUAUUGCUUUCGGGUUGCUACACACUAAGCCUGGUGAGACCAUUCGUAUUUCCAAAAACUUGAGAGUAUGCAAUGAUUGCCAUUCUGCUAGUAAGCUCAUAUCGAAAGUGUUUGAUCGUGUGAUUAUUGUGAGGGACCGAAACCGGUUUCAUCAUUUUUGUGCGGGAGAGUGCUCUUGCAAAGACUAUUGGUGAAUGUGGAUAUUGAGCUGUCAGAGUUAUGCAAAGUCAUACUCUAUAAUGUAUAUAGUUUGUUAGUAAACUUUUGUGUUUUUAUCUACAAUUCUCCUUUUUCAGAGAUAUUGUGAAAAUAUUUAAUUGUUGUUCAAUGACUCUGAUCAUACAAAUAUAAUACUUAAAUUUA